AACCAAACCAUAAAACAGAAAAGCAAAAGCUAUACAGUCCUAUCCUACGCAAUGAAUUCCAUCUCUGCAUUUUCCUUCCUCUUGUAUACUCUCUACUUACUCACCGUGGCCUCCGCAGCCACAUUUAAUAUUCGAAACAACUGUCCUUACGUUGUUUGGGCUGCCGCAGUCCCUGUAGGCGGUGGCAAACGUCUCAACCCAGGCGAAACCUGGCCUAUCAACGUACCCCGUGGCACGUCAAAAGCCCGCAUUUGGGCACGAACCAACUGCCAAUUUGAUGCCUCUGGAAGAGGUAGUUGCCAGACAGGCGAUUGCCAGGGACUCCUCGAAUGCAAAGCCUAUGGUUCGCCACCCAACACUUUGGCCGAGUUCGGUGUUGGCCUUGGCCAGCAUGCCGAUCUGGACUUAAUCGACAUCUCCAACAUCAACGGGUUUAAUGUUCCCAUGGAGUUCAGCUCCAACUCCCCUACGUGCAGCCGUGUGAUCAAGUGUACUGCAGAUAUUGUAGGACAGUGUCCAAAGGAGUUGAAGGCUCCAGGAGGGUGCAAUAACCCCUGUACAGUGUACAAGACAGAUAAGUACUGCUGCUACUCCGGUAACUGUGAGCCUACAAACUUCUCGAGAUAUUUUAAGGAGAGAUGUCCAGAUGCUUACAGCUAUCCGAAGGAUGAUAAGACCAGUUUGUUCACUUGUCCCACAGGAACCGACUACAAGGUUAUAUUCUGCCCUUGAAGGCGUAUUGGAACUAGUCCUAAUUAAGCUACACUUAUCUGGAAAAAUAAUAGCUUGAAAAAUGGUUUAGUCACUUCAAGCAUAUCUGCUGUGUAGUGAUGUGCCCUUAUGCUAUAGUUGCAAUAAAUUAAUUCCAGUUCU